UGCCGGCGUUCCCGUGUGUAGCUGGCCUUUCUGUCUGGUAAUCCGUAGUGACAGCGGAGUGGGGGAACGUUCCACCAUGCAGGGCAGCAUUGUGCCACUGUCGAGGCAGCGCGGACGGUCACGGAGGAAACCCAUCCUGACGCUCUCCUCUGGCCCUGUUCUCCGGAACACAGCUCAGCAGGCGCAGGACGUUGACCCGCCUGUCUGGUCCUGUGAGGGUUGGAGCAACCCCGACCAGGCCUACUGGAAAGCCCUGUCUGCGCUUGUGUCCGGACUCCUCUCUCACUCGCUCUCUCUCUUUCUCUCUACUCUCGCUCUCUUUCUGUCAUCUCUGUCUCUCUCUCUCUCUCUCUCUCUCUCUCUCUCUCGCUCUCCCUGUCUGUGCUUCCAGUUAGAGUGUGCUGGCUGGCUUUCAUGCUGUAGGUGGAGCUGGUUUUCCUGGAAUUGUAGGGCAGCUCUUCCUGUUGUUCUUGCAGCUUGCUACCCCUUGCCCUUCGUCUGCAGGUUCCUGGUCAGUGACAGCUACCGCAGGAUUACAGCCCUAUGAGGACUCGUGCCGUCUCUCCUGGCCAUCACUCCUGGCCGUCUCUCCUGGCCGCCACUGGACGCAGCCUCCGCCUGUCUCCGCGGUGGCUUCUUCGUUGUCGCUUAACUUACUUUUCUGAUUCGGGUUAGAAGUUACCCCGCAACCGAAAUGUCUCUGCAGACCAAAGGGGGGCGAGAUCCAUCGAUAGCUGAUCAGCUUCCCUGGAUUUCGCUGACAACAUUGCUUUGUUGUGCGUGAAGAUGGAAACAUUGGAGUCGGAGCUGACCUGUCCAAUCUGUCUGGAGCUUUUCGAGGACCCGCUGCUCUUGCCCUGCGCCCACAGCCUGUGCUUCAACUGCGCCCACCGCAUCCUGGUCUCGCACUGCACCCCCAACGAGCCUGUGCGUUCAAUCGGCGCCUUCCAGUGUCCAACCUGUCGCUAUGUCAUCACCCUCAGCCAUCGAGGUCUAGAGGGACUGAAGCGCAACGUCACCCUGCAGAACAUCAUCGACCGUUUCCAGAAGGCCUCCGUGAGCGGGCCCAACUCCCCCAGUGAGACCCGCCGUGAGCGCGCGACAGCCCCGGACAGCGAGGUCAUGACCUCCUGCGGCGAGCGGGUCCAGUGCCAGUUCUGCGAGCAGGACCCGCCCCAGGACGCCGUGAAGACGUGCGUCACCUGCGAGGUGUCCUACUGCGACGAGUGCCUGAAGGCCACGCACCCCAACAAGAAGCCCUUCACGGGCCACCGUCUGAUCGAGCCCAUGGCCGACUGCCACCUCCGAGGACUCAUGUGCCUGGAGCACGAGGACGAGAAGGUGAACAUGUACUGUGUCACGGACGAACAGUUGAUCUGUGCCCUGUGCAAACUGGUCGGUCGGCAUCGAGACCACCAAGUAGCAGCUCUCAGCGACCGCUACGAGAAACUGAAGAGAGCUCCAGGCCGCUAUCUCAGGGAGAGGAGUGAACAGGAGGAUGUCGACCAGGUGCAUUCCACGCAAACCUUGGACGCUAACCUCAGCAAUCUGAUCAGGAGGAACAAUGAGUUGGAAACUCUGAUGGGCAAGUUGAUCCAGACCUGUCAGCAUGUGGAGUGUAAUGCUUCAAGACAGGAGAACAAGCUUCUGGAAGAGUGUGACCUUCUGAUCGAGAUCAUCCAGCAGAGAAGACAAAUCAUAGCCACCAAGAUCAAAGAGGGCAAGGCCGUGCGACUGCGAAAACUAGCCCAGCAGAUUGCCAGCUGUAAGCAGAUCAUUGAGAGGUCUUCGUCCCUCAUCACUCAGGCCGAUCACACGCUGAAGGAGACAGAUCCUGCACGCUUCCUGCAGACAGCCAAAAACAUCUGCGAACGAGUGUCCAUGGCAACGGCAUCCUCUCAAAUCCUGAUACCAGAAAUUAAUCUGAAUGACACUUUCGAUACAUUUGCGUUGGACUUCACAAGGGAAAAGAAAAUGCUGGAAAGUUUGGAUUACCUCACAGCACCAAAUCCCCCAGUAAUCCGUGAGGAAUUAUGUACAGCAUCGUAUGACACCAUCACUGUUCAUUGGACGUCAGACGACGAGUUCUGUGUGGUCUCCUAUGAACUCCAGUACGCCAUCUUCACCGGACAAGCCAACGUUGUCAGUUUGUGUAGCUCGGCUGAUAGCUGGAUGAUCGUGCCCAACAUCAAGCAGAACCAGUACACAGUGCAUGGACUCCAGUGUGGUACCAAGUACAUGUUCAUCGUCAAGGCGAUCAACCUGGCAGGGAACCGGAACAGCGAGCCCGGGAAGCUCAAGACCAACAGUCAGCCAUUUAAGUUGGACCCAAAGUCCGCUCACAAGAAGCUGAAAGUCUCCCACGACAAUCUGACAGUGGAGCGAGACGAGACGUCGUCCAAGAAGAGCCACACCCAGGACCGCUUUACCAGCCAGGGCAGCUAUGGAGUCACAGGGAAUGUGUACAUCGACAGUGGACGCCACUACUGGGAGGCCCUGAUCGGAGGGAGCACCUGGUUUGCUGUAGGCAUUGCAUACAAGUCGGCCCCAAAACACGAGUGGAUCGGCAAAAACUCGGCGUCGUGGGUACUGUCUCGCUGCAACAACUCCUGGGUAGUCCGUCACAACAGCAAAGAGAUGCCCAUCGAGCCGUCCCCCCACCUGCGUCGCGUGGGCGUGCUGCUGGACUACGACGCUGGUUCCCUGGCCUUUUACGACGGCGCCGGCUCCCAGCACCUGUACACGUUUGACAUCGCCUUCUCUCAGCCCGUCUGUCCCGUGUUCAACGUGUGGAACAAGUGUCUGACAGUCCUCACGGGGCUGCCCAUCCCCGACCACCUGGAGGCAACGGACUGCCAGGAUUAACGGUUCUCCUAAAGGGCCUCAGGGACACGAAUGGAGAAGGACAAACUGGCAACAGCAUCACAAGCUGAUUGCUCCACCACACAAAGACAGUUUAAAACUGAUCAAAGCCAUGGCUUCUAAUCUUGCUCUCACAGUAGUAAAUUAAUGUUUUUGUUGAAUUAUUUAUGGAAACAAAAAGAAACAUUUGUAGAUUUAACUUCUCGCUUUGCACAUUCAUGUACACCACUAUAUUUAAGUUUAAGUUCUUUUUUUGGGUGUGUUUUGAGUGGAUGGUGGAUGCGAUGUUUUAAAUUUCAUUCAAUGUAAUUUUCAUGCUGCCCCUGAGAUUAGGUUAUUUCUUUAUUUUAUAUGUUAAGUAGAUUGUUUUCCUGUUUCCAUGUAUCUGUCAGCAGCAUGUUACGUGUAGGGGUUUGAUUUUCAUGUCAACAUCAACAGUGCCCUGAUAACAUAGAGGAGUCAACUACACUCUUGGGUUUCAUACAGGCGUAUGGAGAUCCUCCAUUAGAUUAAUUUGAUGUAUUAAGAUUAUGUUUGUGAAAAUAACACUGACAGUUAUUUUAAUUGUUAAUCUGCCUAUCAGGCCCAGUUCAGUUCAUAACUUUUAUUUUGUUAUUAUAGCACGUCAAGCGCAGUGAAACUUUGACACAUUCACAGACACGUCGUUUUGUGAAAAACCACUAUGAUUAAAAAACGUUUCGAAGUAAUUUUAAGUGAAAUUUCAAUACAGAAAUAAUUUUUGAACUGUAAUUAAGUGCAACAUGUGCAAUCUCUGUAAAUAACCUAUUGUUUUCUUCACACAGGGUGACUCUGUCUAUGUGAUUGGUUAUUUUAGCGAAUUUUCUUUUUCUGAUGCCUGAAAUAUUAUUUUCUGACUAGUAUACAUUCCUGUAAAACAUUGUAAUAAAAUUACAUCAGCAAACUUCUAAGUGUGCAUUGUUAAUAAAACAUCUUAAUUGUAAAGAG